CUCGCUAGGUUGUGUAAUAGUAGCCUUUUCUUUACAUUUAUACAUCUUUUAGACUCUCAUCUGAAAUGGAGCCAACAGAACGGUUCUUUGCCAAACUGAAGAAGCUGGCGGUGACUUUAGAGUCAGAAACUGCGAAGUUCCAGCACUGCUUUGAGAAGCGCAACAGCGACGGUGACAGCGAAACUACAGCAAAAGCCAUGCGAGCAUAUCACCAGCUGAAUUGUGAUGUUGGGAACCUGAAGGGGCAGAUCCAGGGUCAUGUUUCUCAGCUGAGAGCACAGGAGAAUGAGGUCAGCAGCUUCAUUAUGGCCUGCAGAGUGAUGGAGCAGAGCAUCGCUAAAGAUGUCCAGACGCUGGCAGCACAUUGGGAAAAAUACGGCUAUCAAGGUCGCCCGGACACCAAGAGACCAACAAGGGCUAGAGGUCAGGACUCAGAGGCUGAAGAUGAAGAAGCAGAUGAGAAUGAAACUAAAUCAGCAGAAGACGAAGAGAGCCAGGAGGAGGCUGGAGAUAAUCCCUCCGCAUCACCUUCCAUGGUGGGACCUCAGCCCUCCACUGACAGGAUGCGAACCCCGCAGCUCGCUGACUUCGGCCUGUCGGAGCUGCAGCUGAAAAGAACUCUGACUGCGGCGGAGUGGUGCGCUGAGGUUCCCCCUAUGCCUGAGAUGAACCUUCCUCACCCCUCACUCAACCCCCCCGCAUCACCAGCCAUGCCCUUGACCCCCAAAUGUGCCCUGCGGAUGGAUGAUGAUGAGCUUCUCACACCUCAGAUGUCUGACUUUGGCAUUACAGAGCGCACCGUGUGUCUGAACAACGACUUUACUAUGGAUCUGUUUCGGAAGAAUGUUGAAAAGCCCCAGAGACCAUCACAAGACAUGCCUGCAGCACCAGUGAAUGCUCUAAUGGAGAGUCUGCACACAAAAGCGCAGACCCUGCUGUCCCCAGAGCCACCUGUGUUCUGCACCCCGGGGUUCAAGAUCAAAAAGACAAACGGUCACUGCUCUCCACCUGCGCAAAGUAAUGGUGACCCUGAAUCCCCUGAUCGCCCUGAAAACCUGCCGACUACACCGGAGGUCCCAACGUUUCAAACUCCACACAUGAAUCGACUGGUCAGCUCCAAAAAGGGUGCACAGCAGCCUGAACCAAUCAACAUGCAAGGUGAUGAUGACCUCCACACCUUCGAACUUCCAUCAUCUAGUACUGCAGCAACCGGCUCCAAACGCCCCUGGGAAUACAAUGUGCCCGAGAUCUCCGUGCUGGGCGGGGAGGACAAGCAGAUGCCAGAGAUGCCGAACCUGGAGUCUGUUUUGGGGAAUUCUUUACAAACUAGAAGUGCUAAAAUGCCAAAGAAGACUAUGGAUCAUAUACAGGUGACCAAGGAGCCCACUGUCAAAAAUCUGGAGCUCGAUGGACCCACCCAGGAGUUCAGCCUGGGGACACCUCGCAUCAGGAUGGACUACCAAGACCCCAGCACCCCGGAGAUGCCCGACCUCAGCUCUGUUACACAGGACAUCUGCAAACUUAUGGCUCAGCCUCCAUUAAAGAAGACUGCGCUGGCGGUUGUGCACCCAGAAACUAAUAAAAACAGUAUUGGAAGUCUGUCUGAGGUGACAGAGUACGAGUUUUAUUCUUUACCCUCGUAUCUGAUGAGGCAGAUGACUCUGAACAGCCUCAACCGGACGAUCAACAACAUCAACAGAUUCACAGCAGAGAAUCGAGGAAGACAGACAGACUUUCGGAUGGAGGAGCUGAAUAGGAUUUGCUGUGUUGGAGCUAAGCUCCCUAUAUACAUCCUCUGUCUGACCGAGCUCAACAAGCUAGAGCACAUUAGAGGAACCAAGAACACAUCGGAGUACAAACUGUGCACACAAAACUAAAGGUUGAUUGGAUACAUUACACCUUAUCAGAUUUGGACACAACACUAUAUCUUCUUCCAUAUUUCAGAGAUUCUUGUCUGUUUAUGGAUGGCUAGUCAAUAAGUUGUACUUAUGUGUUAUUGUUCUGGGUAUAAACUGUGUAUAUAAAAAAUGAAUAAAGACUUUGCAUACAUAA